AUGCGGACCAACACCAUCUUCGCCUGUCUCGGCGCCGUCGGCCUCGCCGCCGCCGCCGCCGAGCCCACCGGAACUAGGGACAUGGGCCGGUCCCCUUUCGUGAACACUGCCCGGAUGCAGAAGGCAGGCGAUGAGUAUGAGUGUGCGGUGUACUCUGACCCUCGGUGGACCUUCUCGUUGCGAGACGCCCAGGCAGUCAUCCAGAAAUGGGCCGACCGCGGCGAUGUGCCCAUCCUCUUGGCGAAGGGCGACUGCUUCAACCAAAAGGCCGGGAAAUGCCUCGGUUGGAUCUGCAGGACCUACGCCUCCAACGAUCCCGCGGUGACCAUCCCAAACUCUCUCGUCGUCAGCCAGCUCAAACAUCUGUCGAACUGGUGCUUUGGGCAAGAUAAGAACGACAGUGCCAUCUUGCGACAUGCUACAGUGUUGAGGAGAGAGGAAGUGGAAACACUUAUAAUAUCGAUUGGGCCGACGUUCGAGAAAUCUUAG